UAAAUAAAAGGAAGAAUGGGUGAAUCGGAAAAUUCUCAUUCCAUUCCCAAAUCUCCUCACCAAAACCGCCGCCGCACCCAUCUCCUUCACCCGCUGCACUUCUCAUCCUCCGCCGCCGCCAUGGUCGGGGAAAAGACUCGCGAAUUAGAGUUGAAGAAGAUUAAGAAGAUGAGGAGGGGUUCACCGUCAUUCACGCCUCCGCCCUCCUGGAUCCACGGUGGCCGGCCGCCGUCCACGACAACCGAAGAUACAGUCCGGACAUCAGGUCAAAAUAGGGAUGGAGGUUGCCGGCUGCCGACAACCUCCAUCCCAAGUCGGCGCACUGUCGGAGAAGAUGAAGUAUCAGAGGAUGAAACUGAUGAAGAUGACGAGGACGAAAGCGACAAUGAAGUGGAGUAUUUUCCCUCCCCAGAUGCCAUUCGGGAGGGUCGGACCAAGAGGAACCAGGAUCCGGCUGGAGUCUCACCAACUACUCGGGCGACCAAGCGUGCCCGAGUGGAAGCAGAGCAACAAGCAUCUCCUCCUCCAGCCAAACGAAAAGGAUCAUUUAAAGUCAUAACUCAAAAACCUCGGAAGGCUGCCGCUCUGCCAAGGAUGUGGAAACCAAUGCCUGAUGUUGCAAAGGUUGUCCCUUCUCCAAGCUUCACCAACCAAGCAACUGAAAAUACUAAGAAUAUAUCCAAGGGGACGCUUGACACUGGUGUUGUGUCUACGAAAGUCGCUAGAGAAGUGAACCCUACUGUAGAGCUUGGCUCGGGCCACGAGCAAGCUCGCAAUUCAGAGGAAAUACCUCCAAGCCCGAGUCAAAGCUCAAUCCCCAUGGAUACUGCUCCUGAUAAAUCUCCAAGUCCACCAGAGAUUCAGUCGGGUGGGUCGAUUCAGACACCGACUGCACCGGAGCCAAUAAGCCCAAGUACAAUGGCAGUGAAAUCUCCUCGUCGGAAUGAAACUCCAUCCAUUUCAUCUACAUCUUUCUCGCUGGCACGGUCCCUAGAGGACAAAGUGGGCGCAGGCAAGGAAGCCAUGCUACAGGCCGAGCAGAUGGAGACUCAGUUGAAGGAGUUGCUCAUAUCGAAUGAAACCCUGAAGACCAACAUCCGAAAAACUUGUGAACUUGGAGCCAAAUACUUAGGUUUACAGAAGGAGUUGGAGAAGGUACGCCAAGAGCUUGAUGAAGAACAAGCCAAGACCAUUCGGCUUGAAAAGGAGAAAAUUGCUAUGGAAGAAUCCGUGAAGAAAACCCUGGAAGAGAAAGACACUUCUCUUGCCAAAGCCAGGGCGGAAGCUGAUGCCAUGACCAAGAAAGCCGAUGAUAGGUUGGAGGAGCUCCAAGAGGCCAGAGAGAUGAAUGAUAACUACCUGAAGGCGGCGGAGGACAUGAAGAAGCAAAUCGAAGCUCUAAAAGCAUCUGAGUCUGAAUGGCAUACCAAAUAUGUGAAAAGGUUUGAUCUUGUAGAAAUGACCAAAAUGAAGUAUGAAAAGGAUAUUGGCGAGCUCAAGAAAGGAAUGUCCGACACCGAAACCUUCUUGGUGGGCCAGCUAGACGAGGUUAAGCAGAGGCUUGAGGUGUUUUGUCCCGAUCCGAUCAUGGAGGAUCAUAAAGUGCAGAAGGAGCUGGAGAAGGUACGCCAAGAGCUUGAUGAAGAGCAAGCCAAGACAAUUUGGCGUGAAAAUGAGAAAACUGUUAUGGAAGAAUUCAUGAAGAAAACCCUGGAAGAGAAAAACACUGCUCUUGCCAAAGCCAGGGAGGAAGCUGAUGCUAUGACCAAGAAAGCCGACGAUAGGUUGGAGGAGCUCCAAGAGGUCAGAGAGAUGAACGAUAACUACUUGAAGGCGGCGGAGGACAUGAAGAAGCAAAUCGAAGCUCUAAAAGCAUCUGAGUCUGAAUGGCAUACCAAAUAUGUGAAAAGGUCUGAUCUUGCAGAAAUGACCAAAAUGAAGUAUGAAAAGGAUCUUGGCGAGCUCAAGCAAGGAAUGUCCGACACCGAAACCUUCUUGGUGGGCCAGCUAGAUGAGGUUAAGCAGAGGCUUGAGGUGUUUUGUCCUGAUCCGAUCAUGGAGGAUCAUAAAGUGCAGAAGGAGCUUGAAGCAUAUGGUAUCGACAUCAAAGAAACUCCUUGGGCAUCCACUCAGGUUGCUGAGGCUGUAAUCCGACUAGGAGAACGAGCAGAAGCAGCAAAAAGCGUCAUAGCCCAAGUGAGAAAAUCCAUGAAGGGCAUCAAUGCAACUCUGCAUCCUGGAGAAGAGGUCGAUGAAGCUCUACCCAUUUGUUUACAACAACUUGAGCAAGUGCCUGACCGAGUAUCGAGGUGUAAGAAAUCUGCUGCUCGCUGUGGAGCUAAUGUAGCUCUAGCUCUCACCCGGGUUCACUUCCCCGAGAUAAAUGAAGCGAAGUUGCAGAACAUCGGCGUGGGGAAUCCGGAGGGUGAUAACUUUGAAGACCACAUGAAAACUUUCAUCGGAACCGCAAAUCAGAUUGCUCCCCUCAUCGUCCUGGACCUGUCUGUUGAGCCAGCUAGCGUGCCAGACACCUCGGAGGAGGAGCUCGUACAAGAAGAAGAGAAAAACAAGUGAGAAGUUUGAAGUAUUAAAUUUGCCUCGGAAUGCAGAGUGAAACUGUAAAAACUUUAAGUCCGACUGAGCAGCGAGGCUGUGAACCUUUUAAUUACUUUGCUUAAGUACUUGCAAUUGGAUCAAGUUUUAAGUUGUUA